AUGAUUAAGGCAACUACUGGGCUGGCAUCUCGCCUUGCUCAAGAGACCAGCUGGCAAGCAGUCAAGAUGCAACAUGGUGAAAAUCAUGUCGUCAUGACAACACUUCGCGAACUGGAGCAGGGCAUAGCAGCGGAGUUGGGAGGGCAGCAGCGCAACCAACUGCCUGCUUCUUGGAGAGGGGCCCGCUUUGCCACGAAGCAGACGUACUACUGGGUGACAGUCAUCAUCUGGCGCGAGACACAGUGGCAGUGGCUUUCCGACUCCAUAGAAGCAGCAAGAGUGGUACAUACUGCUUGGGGACAGCCUGAUGAGUGGUUGAGAUUCGGCAACACAGACUGCAACACAGACACGCCGCUCGUAAUACCUGGGCCACAGUACACUUUGACCGAAGAGCCACGCUUCACUGGGCUUCGAUUUGCAGUCUUGGUUGCGCUUCUAAACGAAUUGCGGGAUCGAAGGCCAGGAGAAGUUCUCCGAGUCGUUGAAGUUGGGGUCUUCGUUGGCCAGCUCUCGAAAUUUCUUCUUGAGCGAUGUGAUUUCGUGCAGCUGGUUGGGGUAGACCCCUAUGUGGGUGCUGAUGGGACCUUUCCCGGCAACUUCGCGUCGGAGUUGGAUCCGGAAGUAGCCUUCCAUCACGCCUCCAGCCUCUACGACGCCUUUCCAGGAAGGGCCUUGCUCCUGCGAGCAACGUCGCUCGAGGUUGCGCAGUCCCUGCCGGACAACAGCCUUGAUGCUGUUUUCAUCGAUGGCUGUCAUUUCUAUGCUUGCGUCAAAUCUGAUUUCGAGGCCUGGAUGCCAAAGCUUAGAACUACAGCUGAGACUCUGGUUGCGGGCCACGACUUUUCCCCCCAAUGGCCUGGUGUCGUGCGAGCGGUACAGGAGCAGAGGAAUCAUCAGCCUGUGACCCUGUCAACUGAUUGGCUCUUCUGGUGGUUCCAACCAGCAGCGACAGGAUCGAGCGAAGAUGUGGGAGAUCCUUCUUGGACCAACAGCCGGCAGCGUGCUAUCAUUCAGGGGAGUAUCUUGCGCUCAUACGCAGAGAAGUUUCCAAUCAAAGCUUUGAACCGCGCGGCAUGCAUGGGAAAGAGGUCCGGAGGCGGCAAGAAAAAGGGAAAGCCCGUACAGACUGUGAAGACUAUCAAGGCCAAGGGCCGUGACAGGUCCAAAGGCAGUGCCAAAAACGAUAGCAACCGCAAACAGUCCCGGCAAGAGGCCAAGGAGACGCGUGCUUUACGUCGCCGUGCACAUGGCAAAGAAGAGGCGAUCAAUGAAACACGACAACGUCUGCGCACCAAAUUGCUGCAGAGGCAACUGACCAGAGGUCGAACUGCAAAACAUGGCGAGGAGAGACGUCAGGUCUUGAUCGAGUUAGCAGGCUUGCAGACAGAAGCUGGGCAGCAGCGCGCUGCAAUCAAGUCGCUCCAGGAGGCUUUAGACAUGUCUCCAGAAGAUGCUGAUUUCAAGGUGCGUGCGCCAUUGUUGGGUUUGUACAUGGAUCAGGCGAUGACAGAGGAGGCGACCUCACUGCUGAAAGGUCCGCUUUUCGAGAUGGGCGCAGAAACGGAAUCAGCGAGCGGUGCAAAAUGCGAAGCCAUGACUGUUGGUCUGUACUCGUUGGCCCUGCUCAGUUACAUAUCUGUUCGCGUGCUCCAGGAAUACAAGAAGAAGCCGCGAGAGGGCAAAAUCGCGGAAGACCGACUGCUUGAGAGACUUCAGGCUGCUCAUCGCCACAAUCCGUUUGUUGCAGAGUUCAUUGCCUUCGCCCCAGCCUAUGAGCCAGUUUUUCCUUUGGGGUGUGAUUUGCCCCCAGCAGCAACUGAGGCAAGUUUAGAAAUCAAAUUGCUGCAAGCGCUGAGAUAUUGCUGCCAAACGGGUGGGCGUGGCCAGGUGUCAGUUUGGCUUGACACUGAUCCAUUCGUGCGCGCCUUCGUUCGAGAAUGUCUUUUUGAAAACGAUCGCAUGGAGCCCGCGGAACACACGAAUGAAUCGACUGAGACCCCACCACUGGCAGUGCUCCCAGCCCAGUCCUCCACGGAGUCCUCCGUUCUGACCCGCUGGAGGCGUGCGCGCGAAGCUGGGAUGCGACUUUGGGCAUCUGACAUAGCAGCUGAAGCGGGCCUUCAUGGUCAAGAAGAGUGCGGGGAGGAGGAGUUAAGUUUCACAGAUGACGAUGCGGUGGAUGAUGACGUCUGCUGA